AUGCAAGUAAAGAACAAGGCCAAGUUGAAAGACAAGAAUGUUGCUGUUACUUUAGUACCAGAAGACUCGGAGGAUUUGUGGUACUUGUACAAUCUCAUCAAGAAAGGCGAUACAAUUCAGUUGCUCACGCAUCGAAAUGUGAAAAAGGGCAAUCAAAACCAAGUCACCAAGGGUAAACUGAAGAUGGAGAAGAUUCUCGUAAAGUUGAGGCUAUUGGUAGAAGAUGUUGACUAUAUUGCUAGCGACUUGGUGAUGAGAGUUAAUGGGAAAUCAUUAUUACAGCAAGAGUAUGUGCCCUUGAAUAGCUAUCACACAGCUGAAAUUGAGUUGAACAAAGAUGUCAGCAUUGUCAAAUCAAGCUGGGAUGAGUACGAUAUGACGUUGUUAGAAGAGCUCAGCUCUAUUGAAAAGAAAGCCGAUAUUGGGGCCGUUGUGUUUCAAGAAGGGGUCGCCCAUUUGUGCUACGUAACUGAUCAAAUGACAGUUUUACAAUCCAAGAUUGAAAAAUCAAUCCCUAGAAAGAAUAAAGAUUAUGGAACCAAGGACCUAGAUAAAGCUAUGAAUUCAUUUUACAACAUGAUCAUUCAAGGAAUUAUCCGCCAUUUUGAUUUCAACAGGCUAAAAGUUAUUAUCCUAGCCUCUCCAGGGUUUCUAGCAAAAACAUUGUACGAGCGGUUGAUACAGGAAUGUCUAGCAAUGCAAAAUGCAUCUACCAAGGAAUCAAAGAUUUGUCAACUGAUCCUAGACAACAAGAACAAGAUAUUAGUAACACAUUCCUCAACGGGAUACUUACAAGGGUUGGAGGAAGUGUUGGCUGACCCACAACUGCAAAAAAAACUAUCAGACACCAAGUUUCUCGAAGAAUCACAAGCCCUACUGCGCUUUCAACGAGCAUUAAAUGACGACGAUGGAAGAGCAUGGUACGGUUUAGAAGAAAUUACAAAAGCAUUGAAUUUAGAUGCCAUUCGAUACUUGAUGGUCUCGGAUGAGUUAUUUCGCAGUGACGACAUAGAAACCAGAAGACAGUACAUUGACUUGACAGAACAGGCUAAGCGCAUGGGUGCCAAAGUGUAUAUAUUUUCAAGUUUGCAUGAGCUGGGUAUCCAAUUGAAUCAAUUGACUGGGGUAGCCGCAUUAUUAAAGUAUCCGAUCCCGGACUUGGACGAUUCCGACGAGGAGUGA